GAGUAGUGACUGAGAGAGUGAGAGAUUGGCAAGUAGAGCCGGUGGUUCGUUAUGCGGUGUGUGUCGUUGACUGAGAGGUUGACUUGGAGUUGACGACGACGAAGGAGACGCUCUCUCCUCUCUGGCGCUCUCUUUUCUACUCUCUUUCUCACCACAGAGACAGACCCUUCAUUCCUUCACUGCCAAGCGAGCUCUUCAAGUACUGCGAACUUCAUGGUUGGAGUUGAAUGGUCCAACUUGUUUCUCAAGGGCCCUAGGCUGACGCUGUGCUGUCAUUGCUGGUGACGUCCUUGAUACGGUGCAGCAGAGUGCUAUAGCGUUUUCAUCAGUAGAAUGGGUAAGACUGUAUUCAUAAGCGGAUUCUCUCGGUUAGUGACUGUAGAUAGAGUCAGGGAAUUCCUGGAGCGAAGGACUGGGAAAGAUACCAUCUAUGCCAUCAAAGUUAGACCACACAAACGUGGGGCUGGAUCACAUGCUUUUGUCCAAUUUAUGGACCCUGGAUAUGCUAAGUUGAUUAUUUCAUUGGCUAGUCAAGGUUUGCGGUAUGGGUGUUCUCAUCUGACUGCUGCCAAGGCUGAGCGUGAUGUUGUACAGAGGCCAAGAACCCUUUCGCAUUCAAUUGAAGGUAUAGCUUUGCAUUUUGGCUGCCAGGUAUCAACUAGAGGGUUCGCCACUCUGUGGACAGGGGUGAAUGUCACUGUAAAUUUUGGGGCGGGGCCGAGAAAAUUCUGCUUUCUUAUGUCUUAUUCCGAUACGGAGUAUAGGCUCGAGUUAUCCUAUGAAAAUAUCUGGCAGAUUGAGCUACACCGUCCAAGAGGCCGUAGAACCAUGUAUCUUGUGAUUCAGCUGUACGGGGCUCCUUUUAUUCGUAAAAAAGUUGUUCAGCAUUCAGAGAAUUUUUGGGACAGUCCUCUCUACAACUUUUUCAAAGAUGGCUCUGAUGACCAGUGGGUGAGAGCGACUGAUUUUACUCCAUCAGCUUGCAUUGGACAGUCUUCGGCUGUAUGUUUAGAAAUUCCUUGUGAAUAUCCGCUUCCAAAUUUUCAUGAGAACUUUGUCAAUUAUAAGGAAACCGAUGGAACAAUUUCUAUGGAAAGCGGUUCUCCUUUCUCCUGCAGUGUGGAUCUAGUUCCAAUCGUAGGCCCUCCGAGAGGAGUUGACUUGCCUUAUGAGGUCAUCUUUAAGAUAAAUUUGUUAGUUCAGAAUGGCUGUCUAGCCGGACCUUGUCUUGAUUCUUCCUUUUAUCAAAUGGUUGAUCGAUGGAGGAUAGACAUGGACAUAAUCCUAGAUGCCUUAGAUAGACUGUUCCAUUUGAAAGAAUGCUGCUAUGAGCCUUCAAAGUGGCUGAUUAAGUGGCUGAUUAAGAAGCGGCACAAGAAAAAUCUCACCUCCCGGCAUUCUACAAAACCGUCUUCAAUUACAUUGGAUGCUGGAUUGGUUUAUGUAUAUAGGGUGCAAAUAACACCAUGCAGGGUGUAUUUUUUCGGUCCAGAAAUUAAUGUCUCAAAUCAUGUAUUGCGGAGUUAUUCUAAGUACAUUGACAAUUUUAUCCGCAUUUCUUUUGUGGAUGAGGACUUGGAUAAAAUGCAUUCAACUGAUUUAUCUCCUCGCACCGCUUCGAGACAUGGAAGGACAGAUAUAUAUGAAAGGAUCCUUUCUAUACUGAAGAAUGGCAUAAGAAUAGGUAAUAAGAAGUUUGAAUUUCUCGCCUUCUCAUCCAGUCAGUUACGCGAAAAUUCUGCUUGGAUGUUUGCUCCGACAAAUGGGUGUACUGCUGCAACUAUUAGGGCAGAGAUGGGUGAAUUCAGUAAAAUAAGAAAUGUGGCAAAAUAUGCCGCAAGACUCGGCCAAUCAUUGAGUUCAUCUACUGAAACUCUCAAUGUAGGUAGACAUGAAGUUGAAGUCAUUCCGGAUGUUGAGAAUAUAUGUUAUAACUUCUCUGAUGGAAUCGGGAAAAUAUCUGAAGAGUUUGCUCGGAAAGUUGCAAGAAAAUGUGGCUUCGAGGGCUAUACUCCUUCUGCCUUUCAAAUUCGCUAUGGCGGAUAUAAAGGUGUUGUAGCUGUUGAUCCAACAUCGUAUGUUAAACUAUCACUCAGAAAGAGCAUGUCCAAGUAUGAAUCGAAUGAGACAAAGCUAAAUGUCUUGGCAUGGAGCAAAUAUCAGCCCUGCUUUCUGAAUCGCCAGGUGAUCACUCUUCUCUCAACACUUGGUGUUCCGGAUCACGUGUUUGAGAAAAAACAAAGAAAUGCUGUAGAUCAGCUAAAUGCUAUGUUAGUUGAUCCCUUACAAGCACAAGAGGCUCUAGAUUUAAUGUCCCCCGGCGAGAAUGGAAAAAUUCUCAAGGAAAUGCUAAUGUGUGGUUAUAGGCCUGAUGGUGAGCCAUUUCUAUCGAUGAUGCUGCUAACAUUCAGAGCAGCCAAAUUGUUUCUAUUGCGGACAAAAACAAAAAUAUUUCUUCCUAAAGGAAGAAGGAUGAUGGGAUGCCUUGACGAAACCCAAACUUUAGAAUAUGGUCAGGUGUUUGUGCAAUAUUCCGGUAGAAGGAAAAAACAGAUGUUGGAUGAGUCAAUCAUGUUCAUAGGUACAGACUCAGAUCAAAGGUCCGUUGUUCAGGGAAAUGUAGUUGUUGCCAAGAAUCCAUGCUUACAUCCAGGUGAUGUGCGUGUUCUAACUGCUGUAGACGUGCCAGCUUUACAUCAUAUGGUGGAUUGUGUUGUUUUUCCACAAAAAGGAAAACGGCCUCAUCCAAACGAGUGUUCAGGGAGUGAUUUGGAUGGAGAUGACUACUUUGUCUCCUGGGACUCAGAACUAGUUCCACAUCACCAGAUAGAACCUAUGGAUUACACACCUGCCCCGCUUGAACAGUUGGAUCAUGAUGUCACUAUUGAGGAAGUGGAGGAGUACUUUGUAGAUUACAUGCUCAAUGACAGCCUUGGAAUUAUUGCCGAUGCCCACACCGUGUUUGCAGAUAGGGAGCCUGAAAAGGCCAUGAGCGCCAAAUGUUUAGAGCUUGCAAGACUUCACUCUACAGCUGUCGACUUCCCGAAAACUGGUGUACCUGCUGUGAUACCACCUCAUUUGUAUGCCAAAGAAUGCCCAGACUUCAUGGAGAAGCUUCACAAGUCCAGCUACCCAUCCAAUAGCGUGAUCGGAAAGCUUUUCCGGGAAGUCAAGGAACUAGCAUCAUCUGCAUCGAGCUCUAUUACGAAGUUCACACUGGAAAUGGCGAGACAAUCUUACGACCCGGAUAUGGAAGUGGACAGAUUUGAGGAAUACAUCGACGAGGCUUUCUAUCUCAAAGGCAAUUAUGAUUACAAGUUGGGGAAUCUGAUGGAGUACUAUGGGAUUGACACGGAGGCUGAAAUACUUAGUGGCUGUACAAUGAAAAUGCCCAAAUCUUUCUCCAAGAGGAGGGACACCGAAGCCAUUCCUAAGGCAGUAAAAUCCCUGAGAAAUGAAGCGCGGACCUGGUUUUAUGAUAAGGGAAGUGGUUCAGAUCCUGAGGCUGUUGAUGAAUAUGCAAAAGCGUCUGCUUGGUAUCAUGUCACGUAUCACCCGAGUUAUUGGGGUUGCUAUAACGAGGGUUUGAAUCGAGAUCAUUAUCUUAGCUUUCCUUGGUGUGUAUAUGAUAAACUAAUCCAAAUUAAGAAGAUAAAAAUAGGUAGGAUAACUGCUCGGAUGCCCACUCUUGAAGACCACUUCACCCGUGGAUUGUGCCUGAUCUGAGAAAUCCUACUCAGUUUUUUUCUAAGUUGAAGAAAGGGGAGUUAUCGUGUUCUUGUGUCUUCUGCAAAUGUGUAGGCAACGGUACUCCUAAACUCCUGCUUUUGUGUAGCAAAGCUUGAAUAACUAUUUGUGCGUGCUUUUCAUCUUUUACUACAUAAUGGUAAUGUCUGACGGCUGUUCACUGUUUACGGUCUCUCCAAAUGGGACUUCGUGUCACAAUAAUCGUCGGUACCCUGUAAAUUUCUAUGUAUGAAAGUUAUGCUUCCAUGCCA